CCUAUGGGCGCCCUGUGUGGCCUCGUGCAAGACUUCGUCAUGGGUCAGCAGGAGGGGCCCGCUGACCAGGUGGCUGCAGGUUCAGCAUUUAGAGAUGUCUAAGUCAAGAACCAUGAACAGACUUUUGGAAGUAAUUCCCAUACCUUCAUUAGAUGUGAAGUCCGGUGGCUAUACAGUGUUACAAGUAGUAGAAGCCCUUGGGUCCUCUCUGGAAAAUGCAGAACCCCGAACUCGGGCUCGAGGAACCCAGCUUCUGUCACAGGUGCUGCUCCAGUGUCACUCCUUGCUCUCGGAGAAGGAAGUGGUCCACCUGAUCCUGUUCUAUGAGAACCGGCUGAAGGACCAUCAUCUCGUGGUCCCAUCUGUCCUACAGGGCCUGAGGGCACUGAGCAUGUCUGUGGCCCUGCCCCCGGGACUAGCUGUCUCUGUGCUUAAAGCCAUCUUCCAGGAGGUACAUGUACAGUCCCUGCUACAGGUGGACCGCCAUACUGUCUUCAGCAUCAUCACUAACUUCAUGCGAUCACGAGAAGAAGAGCUGAAGGGUCUGGGAGCUGACUUCACAUUUGGCUUCAUCCAGGUGAUGGAUGGGGAGAAGGAUCCCCGUAAUCUUUUGCUGGCUUUCCGCAUCGUCCAUGACCUCAUCUCCAAGGACUACAGUCUGGGACCUUUUGUGGAAGAGUUAUUUGAAGUGACAUCUUGUUAUUUCCCUAUUGAUUUUACCCCUCCGCCUAACGAUCCUUACGGCAUCCAGAGAGAGGAUCUCAUCCUGAGUCUCCGUGCUGUGCUGGCAUCUACACCGCGCUUUGCUGAGUUCUUACUGCCUCUGCUAAUUGAGAAAGUGGAUUCGGAGAUUUUAAGUGCCAAGCUGGAUUCUCUGCAAACUCUGAAUGCUUGCUGUGCUGUGUAUGGACAGAAGGAGCUGAAGGACUUCCUGCCCAGCCUUUGGGCUUCCAUCCGUAGAGAGGUGUUCCAGACUGCGAGUGAGCGAGUAGAGGCAGAGGGCCUGGCAGCUCUCCACUCCCUGACUGCGUGUCUGUCCUGCUCUGUGCUGAGAGCUGAUGCUGAGGACCUCCUUGGCUCCUUCCUUAGCAACAUCCUGCAAGACUGCAGGCACCAUCUAUGUGAACCAGACAUGAAACUUGUAUGGCCUAGCGCUAAGCUGUUGCAGGCAGCUGCAGGUGCGUCUGCCCGGGCCUGUGAGCACCUCACCAGCAACGUGCUUCCCUUGCUGCUGGAACAGUUCCACAAGCACAGCCAGAGCAACCAGCGGCGGACAAUCCUUGAAAUGAUCCUGGGAUUCCUAAAGCUACAGCAGAAAUGGAGCUAUGAAGACAGAGAUGAAAGGCCUCUGAGUAGCUUCAAAGACCAGCUAUGCUCAUUGGUGUUCAUGGCUCUAACAGACCCCAGCACCCAGCUUCAGCUUGUUGGCAUCCGGACGCUCACAGUCUUGGGUGCCCAGCCAGGUCUCCUGUCUGCUGAGGACUUGGAGCUGGCAGGAGGUCACCUGUACCGACUGACCUUCCUGGAGGGAGAUUCCCAGAGUUGUAGGGUGGCAGCACUGGAGGCAUCAGGAACCCUGGCCACUCUGUAUCCUGGAGCCUUCAGCAGACACUUGCUCCCUAAGCUUGCUGAGGAGCUGCAUAAAGGGGAGUCAGAUGUGGCUAGAGCAGAUGGUCCCACCAAAUGUUCCCGGCAUUUCCGCUGUCUGCAAGCUUUGUCAGCUGUUUCAACACAUCCCAGCAUUGUCAAGGAGACACUGCCUCUGCUACUGAAGCAUCUCUGUCAAGCAAACAAAGGGAAUAUGGUUACAGAGUCCAGUGAAGUUGUUGCUGUCUGUCAGAGUCUCCAGCAGGUGGCAGAAAAAUGCCAGCAGGACCCUGAGAGCUACUGGUAUUUCCACAAGACAGCUGUACCCUGCCUGUUUGCAUUGGCUGUGCAGGCUUCAAUGCCAGAGAAGGAAUCCUCAGUUCUGAGAAAAGUACUGUUGGAGGAUGAGGUCUUGGCUGCGUUGGCAUCUGUCAUUGGCACUGCCACUACCCAUCUGAGCCCUGAACUAGCUGCCCAGAGCGUCACAAGCAUCGUGCCCCUCUUCUUAGAUGGCAACACUUCCUUUCUACCUGAAAACAGCUUCCCUGACCAGUUCCAGCCAUUCCAGGAUGGCUCCUCUGGGCAGAGGCGGCUGGUUGCACUACUUACAGCUUUUGUCUGCUCCCUGCCACGAAAUGUGGAAAUCCCUCAGCUGAACCGACUCAUGCGGGAGCUUUUGAAGCAGAGCUGUGGCCACAGCUGUCCCUUCUCCUCCACUGCCGCCACCAAGUGCUUUGCAGGGCUCCUCAACAAGCAGCCUCCAGGGCAGCAGUUGGAGGAGUUCCUCCAGCUCGCUGUGGGCACAGUGGAGGCGGGCCUGGCCUCUGAAUCCUCCCGUGAUCAGGCUUUCACACUGCUGCUCUGGGUAACCAAGGCUCUAGUCCUCAGAUACCAUCCUCUCAGUGCCUGCCUGACCACCCGGCUCAUGGGCCUCCUCAGUGAUCCAGAACUUGGCUGUGCAGCAGCUGAUGGCUUCUCUCUGCUCAUGUCUGACUGCACUGAUGUGUUGACUCGUGCCGGCCAUGCUGAUGUUCGGAUCAUGUUCCGCCAGCGGUUCUUCACAGACAAUGUGCCUGCUUUGGUCCAAGGUUUCCAUGCCGCUCCCCAAGAUGUGAAGCCAAACUAUCUGAAGGGUCUGUCUCACGUACUCAACAGGCUACCCAAGCCUGUGCUUUUACCAGAGCUGCCCACACUUCUUUCCUUGCUGCUGGAAGCACUAUCCUGCCCUGACUCUGUGGUCCAGCUUUCCACUCUGAGCUGUCUCCAACCCCUACUACUGGAAGCACCCCAAAUCAUGAGUCUUCAUGUUGACACUCUGGUUACAAAAUUCCUAAACCUCAGCUCCAGUCAUUCAAUGGCUGUCCGGAUUGCUGCUCUGCAGUGUAUGCACGCUCUCACUCGCCUCCCCACUUCUGUGCUACUGCCAUACAAAUCUCAGGUGAUCCGAGCCUUAGCCAAGCCUCUGGACGACAAGAAGAGACUUGUGCGCAAGGAAGCAGUGUCAGCGAGGGGAGAAUGGUUCCUACUUGGGAGCCCGGGAAGCUGAGCCCUUGGUCAUGGCCUAAACCCUCCUGACAAUCUAACCUGCAAGUACUAACUGUUGAGCCAUCCCACAAGGCAAGACUACUGGCCUGCCUUCCCAUGGAUGCAGUACAAAUGCUGGGCCUCUCCUGCAUGGCUGUGCAAAACUCUUAAAGAGCCAUGACUUCUAAUGGAUUGUUGAAGAGACCGAGACUUGUAUUUGAGGAAAAGACCUUGGAUGUUGGGGCUCUCCCGUGUCCUGUCAGGAAUAGGAAGCUGUGCUGCUGAAGGGUCAGUGCAGCUGAGUGUGACCUAGAGAACUAGGGAUGGUCUUACUUGAGUUCACCUGCCAGAGAAUAAAGCCUUCUUUGUAAUGGGCA